UUAAAAUCCAUCAUCGAGCACUGUUCUUAGCUUUCCCUUAACAGAAAAUGUCGAUCAUUCCCUUUUUCGGUCGCCGAAGCUACUACGAUCCAACCAACCUGGAUCUGUGGGACCCUUUCGAAUUCUUCCCCUUCAACACCCUUGCAACAACGAACCGAAAUGACGAGAUCGCUGCAUUUGCAAACGCCCAAAUAGACUGGAAAGAGACGCCAGAAGCUCAUGUAUUUAAGGCAGAUCUUCCAGGGGUGAAGAAAGAGGAAGUGAAGGUGGAGGUUGAAGAGGGCAACAUCCUUAGGAUCAGUGGAGAGAGGAAGAAAGAGAUCGAAGAGAAGAACGACAAGUGGCACCGUAUAGAGAGGAGCAGCGGCAAGUUCCUGAGGCGGUUCCGGCUGCCUGAUAAUGCGAAGGUUGAAGAGGUGAAGGCGACGAUGGAGAACGGGGUGCUGACGGUAACGGUGCCGAAGAAGGAAGUGAAGCAGCCCGAGGCGAAGGCCAUUGAAAUUUCCGGUUGAGAAGUGGUAGGACUCUUUUUCUCUCGUGUUUUCGUGUUCGUAUGUGUUACUGAAGGGUGUGGUAGUAUGUAAAUGUGGUAACAUAAGUUGUUUGGAAUCUAGAUGGUGAGGAAGAUGCGUAGAUGUAUGUUUCUAUGUGAAAUCUAAAUGAACGACUCUUAAUAAAUUA